CCCCAGGGAGGGCCAAGGAGCCCACGGGGCAGCCCGGGGACCGGGAGGGGACAGGUGAGCACUGGGAUGGGGACAGUCUGCUGGUGUAAAAAAGAUUUCAACUACAUGGAUUGGAAGAGGUUGACAGAAGAUUCAGACAAGGACAAGCAACUCACGAGCCACGUAUCCAGUGAUGAAGAGGACUACAGAUCUAGGGAUCCCUUGAUGCCAUUCGUGGAUGAAGAUUUCCAGCAGGGUCGAUUUUUUCCAGACUCCAUUUCCGAUCACUUCUUCACCCGGGCCACCCAGAUUCUGUUGGAGUAUCAGCUGGAGCAGUGGGUCCCCCAUCUCUGGGAACCCACUGACCUAUUCGGAGGCCUAUUGGGAGUCACAAGAUGGCCGUACCACUGUGAUGUCAUCGAGGAGAAAGUCUCGCACAUAGAUUGGACCCCUCCUCAACCUGAACCCACAUAUAUCCAAACGGGUCUGGAAAAGGAGCCUCUUUAUUCAGACACCAAGGAAAAAACUGUGGUCUAUCUAGCAGAUGAUGCUAAUAAAGAGUCCUGUUUUGUGUAUUCUCAAAUAGGGGGCAGACGUAACCCCCUGAAGAAAUCUGUCUUGCCGCCACUGGACAACUGGGAUAAUACUCUGGUGUUUGAAGCCCGAUUUGAGAGUGGAAAUCUGCAGAAGGUGGUCAAAGUCGGCGAAUAUGAAUACCAGUUGACCAUGCGCAGUGACCUUUUCACCAAUAGGCACACCCAGUGGUACUACUUCCAGGUCACCAACACCCAGGCCGGAACGCCCUACCGCUUCACCAUCGUCAACUUCGCCAAGCCGGCCAGCCUGUACGGUCGAGGCAUGCGCCCACUGUUCUACUCGGAAAAAGAGGCCGAGGCCCACCAUAUAGGCUGGAAGAGAACCGGGGACCAAAUAAAGUAUUACAGGAACAACCUGGGGCAAGACGGACGCCGGUUCUUCUCCCUGACGUGGACGUUCCAGUUCCCCCACAGCAAAGACACCUGCUACUUUGCUCACUGUUACCCGUACACUUACGCCAACCUACAGGACUACCUCGCGGUCAUCUGCAAUGACCCGGUGAAGUCGAAGUUCUGCAAGGUGGGUGUCUUAUGCCACUCCCUUGCCAGGAACAUGGUGUACGUUUUAACCAUCACCACUCCUUCGCGGGACUCGGGGCCAAGAAAGCGCAAAGCGGUGAUUCUGACCGCAAGGGUGCAUCCGGGGGAAAGCAACAGCUCUUGGAUAAUGAAAGGCUUCCUGGAUUAUAUCCUGGGAGAAUCAAGCGAUGCCCAGCUCCUCCGGGACACUUUUGUCUUCAAGGUGAUUCCCAUGUUGAACCCAGACGGCGUGAUUGUGGGAAAUUAUCGCUGCUCCUUAACCGGACGGGAUUUAAACCGGAACUACAAAUCGAUCCUGAAGGAACUGUUCCCUUCUAUAUGGCACACCCGGAACAUGAUCCGUAGAGUGAUGGCAGAGAGGGAAGUUCUCCUGUAUUGUGACUUUCACGGCCACAGUAGGAAAGAGAAUAUCUUCAUGUACGGCUGUGAGGGUAACAGACGAGCCAGAGGGUUUGGCUUGCAACCCCGCAUCUUUCCACUCAUGAUGAGCAAGAACUGUCCAGAUAAAUUCUCCUUCCAGUCUUGCCAGUUUAAGGUUCAGAAGAGCAAAGAAGGAACCGGGAGGGUAGUGAUGUGGAAAAUGGGGAUCCGGAACAGCUUCACCCUGGAAGCCACGUUCUGUGGGUCUACACUCGGAAAUAGACAAGGCACCCACUUCAACACAAAAGACUUGGAAUCGAUGGGGUAUCAUUUUUGUGACGCUCUCUUGGACUACUGUGAUCCAGAUCAGAGCAAGUAUUUUCAGUGCCUGAAAGAAUUAGAAGAGCUGGAGAAACAGCAUCCUGGGAUGGACUCAGAGAAAUUGAAUUAUAAUUCCGAUGGCUCUCUCCCAGAUGUCACGUUGGAUUUAGAAUCUAGCAACCGAGGUUCCGAAAGCUCGGAGUCCCGAGGGACUCCGGCUUACCUCCUUGAGCUGGCUUCUCAGAUAAAAACUAAAGAAAAGCAUCUGAAAACAAAGAAGGAAAGAAAUGCUAGAAUAAUAAACCAGAAAACUUCUAAAGAAAUCUCACAGCAAAAAGAGUUUGAAGACACGGGGGCCCAGCAGCAGAGGCUGAACGAAAAGAAACACACAGUGAAAGAUUCAGGGACGUUACCAGGAACAUCCCGGCUCUGUCAACUAGGAAGACCCUUCAGGACAACCAACCUCUACGAAUCCUUCGGAGUCACCCCCCUGCGGGCCCCCCUACGUCGGAAAACAUCCAGCUGCUCAGAGAAGACAGUGAUAUGCCCAGGACCGAAGCCCAAAAUGAGAGAACACAGUUCCUUUCCAAGGAGGUCUGGCAAACCCUGGUCCAACGAAGAGGAAGAGCUUUUGAGGGGAGAGGAGAUGGUCCAGACCCAAGGACCGCUGCGGUUCUUACUUCCUAGUAUGCAAAACCCCCAAACCAGGCGAUGCAGCAGAAUAAAACCUUCGGCCGAGACGCACCUCGACCUCCAGGACCGGCCAGAUCCGGUAACGUUUCUAAAUAUGAGGAGCCCCACCACUUCACUGACCCCACACAGGAAGUCUGCCUUCUUUUCCCAGAGGAAUAUUCUGGCAAAGUUACCUCAGUGGACUCAGCCCGUGUCUCCGGCAGAUGAAUGGAAAAAAUCAGGCAGAAGCUUAAUGAACUUCAAAGGGCUCGAGGCCGGGCAGAAAAAUUCCGUGGUUUGGCCCUCGAGCCCUGAACCCGAGCGACCCCCUAACAGCAACAUGAAGAUCUUCGUUUCAGAUCUCAAGUUGGACAAGGGCACUCUGAAAGACCAGAGUCUUAAAACUAAAACAUCCAAUCCCAAAUUCUCCUCCACAGGGGACCCCCAAUCCCUAGAAAAGAAAGACAGCGGCAAGCCCCCUCCUAUCUGACCCUCUGCAGGAACAAUGAAUCCCAUUUCUCGGAAAUACCCUGGGAGACUGUCUUGAUGGAAAACUGCAUGUGAAAGAGAGCAGGUGAUUAGAAAGGACCAAGAAAAAAAAGAAAAAGAAUACUA